AGCGAUCCGACGGUUCGCGUCUUUCUCCAACCGUGGCGCCAUUUAAACAGCAGUCGUUGUUUUUUACAUAUUCGUCGACUUUCGUGCGAGUCGAGGUGAUCGUUACGGGCCGCUGUGCCGCGGCAGCGCGCCGCGCACCCCUCCGCCGCUCUGCGGUGGCGGCGCCUGGAAUAACCUUGGUUUGAGCCAGGCGAGCGGCCGGAGAGACGAGCGAGAGGCUGAACGGUGCGGCGGCAACUGGCGGCGUGAACAUGGCGGAGACCGUACGCUCGCUCUUCGACUACCGGGACCCACACAGCCUGGACAGCGAUGGAGAAGGCGUCAAAGCGACGGCGCCACUGCGGGGGCGCGGAUGUGGCAGGAAAAGGAAAGGGACACCUGUGAAAGUCUUUGUUACGAACACAGAGGAAGAGGGUGUGCCUGAGCACAGCUUCGGUCCAGCUGAUCGUAAAGAAUCGGAGAGUAAACGGCCCACACUGGAUGGGCCGUUCCACAACACAGAGCCUGCUCCUCAUCGUAACUGUAGUCCAGGGCAGCAUCACAGCAAAGUCUCCACUGGUUCCAAGACCGGCUCCUGUGCAGCCUCCACACCAGCUCCAGCUGCUGCCCCCGCCUCAGCAACAGUCCCUGCUCCUGCCCCAGCCACAGUGGCUUCAGCACACGCGCCGCCUCUGACGCCCGCGUCCACGGCUCCGGCGGCCCCGGCGCCCUCCGCUCCGGCUCCGACGGCCAGCUCCUUCCCUCCCUCCCCCAACUGUCGCAUCCGGGAGGUCCACUGUGGCAGCCAGGUGCGGCUGGUGGUUAUCGCCAUCCGAGACAUCACCAAGGGGGAGGAGAUCACCGUGGACUACAGCCUGACAGAGUGGGGGGAGAAUCUGAGUUUCCGUGGCACUUUGUCUCCAGCUCAACAUGAGUGCAACUCUGACACGGAGAAUAACAACAGUAUUAAAAGGGAGGAGGAGCCCCUCCCUCUGACAGCCCAGCAGCAGCAGCAUGUCACCCCUUCUUGGUCCCUCUCCCCCUGUUCCUCCCCUAUCUCCCACUCCGAUGCCAGUGACUCAGAUGCUGGAGACGAGGACAACGCCAGCCCCCGCGGGCGAGCGCUACGCCGGCGCAAGAAACGCCGCGGCACUCCCUCGAAGAAGAAGACUCCGCAUCGAACCCCAACCAGACGCCCGCCACCCGUCUCCCCGAACGGGGCUUCCCAUCACCACCGCCCCAUUUCUUUACCCCUCCCUCCAGCACAGUCUUCCCCUCCUUGCUCUUCUUCUACAUCCUCCUCGGCAAAGUCUGCGUUUAAAGCUCCAGCUCCUCUAAGCUCCAACAGCCCAACCAACCAAGUCAACACCAACGCCCCCAGAGGAGCCGUGUCCAUAGACUCCAUGCGGCAAACCUGUGAGUACUGCGGGCGUCACUUCCGCUCUUUGGGUCGCCACUUGGACAAACACCAUGCCCACCAACCAGAAGUGUGUUCUGCUCUUGUUGAGCGCUACACCCAGAUGCCUCACCUGCACGCACACAACACAAACCCUGCUCACGCUCACACGCAUCAGCACCUGAAGUCGUCACAGAGCCGCAGUGUAGAUCAUGUACAGAGUGGUGCCCAGGACCUGCUAAUGUCUCCGCCCAGUCUGACGGCAGCCAACAAAUCCUUUCCCUCCUCUGGAAAAAACUCUAGCCCACCUGUGCUGGCUCCUCUGAGAGAACAGAUCGCAGUACCAGUGUCGGUCUUAAAGAGGAGCCCACCCCCCGUGGCUGUGACACAGUCCAAGAAGGGAGCAGCGAGGAGGCCAAAGAAAGAACGACAGCAGGAGGAAGAAGAUGAUCAGGAUGAAGAUGUGGAGGUGGUGGAGGUAAAGAGGCCCAAAGAGGAGGAUCUAAGUCCUCGAACCUACAGCAGCAAGUCACCCAAAGAGGGAGAGGCAUUAAAAGAGGAGCAGGAUGGGGAAGAGGAAGAGGAGAAUAGAGUGAUGGAGGUGGAAGAUGAUAGUGGGAAUGAAGAGAAGGAAAAGGACUUAUUGAGUUCGGGGCGUCACCACAUGCUGCCCCUUCUUUCGUCGCUGUCCUCUCUGGUGCUCUACCUUCGCCGCCUGCAGCACUCGGCCUUCUUGUCCCUGUCUCGGCAGCUGCAGUCGGCGGAGGCCUGGCGCCUCCUCUGCCACUCCAGUCUGGCUCUCCUCAUCCUGUACAAUCGACGGCGCGAGUGUGAGGUCUCCAAACUGUCCAUUGCUGAAUACCGUGCCCGUGUCACUCCCCAGUGCCCCGUUCCCGUCCCACCUGGCGCCCCGCCUGCUCUCACGCCACUGGAGGCCUCUCUGUCACCUUUUGAGCGGCUGGUGCUUCCUCACCUCGCUCGGGUCGGGGUCCAGGGUAAGCGUGGACGUGUGCAGCCCCUUAUCCUCCCCCCGCACUGCGAGCCCUGCCUGGAGCUCCUCCUGCAGACGAGGCAGGACGUUGGGGUCGACCCCACGAACCCGUACGUUUUUGCCCGGCCGUACCACUCCCCUGCCACGCCCCUGAGAGGCACGGACCUUCUCCGGAGUCUGGCUCGCUCCAGUGGCACCCGCAACCCCCGCGCGCUAACUCAGACCAGGGUGCGCCGCCAGGUGGCAAUCCUAACACAGCUACUGCUACUGGGAGAAGGCGAGGAGCCCAGGCAGCCAGGAGGCAGCGCUGUGGAGCGGCUGGAGCACUUCCUGGAGAGGGAGUACCAUGUGACGCAGAACUGCGCCGGAAUUGGACAGGACCCAGGCCUGAUGGGCCGAGUGGGCCGAGUCGUUCUGUGCGGAGAGAGAGACGGAGUGUUGUUCCGGGGAAUGAGCCUGAACCACAUCUGCUUGGAACUGGAUGUCAUGUCGGGGAACUCUGCGGAUUCGUACUCAGAGGGAGAGUCUGACGCGGAGCAGGUGAAGGUGAAGACUGAGGCGCCUCCUCCUGCCCCCGCUCCGGCCCCCGCCCCCGCCCCUGCCCCCGCGCCAACUCCUACACCUACCCUGCUGUAUGUCAGGAAGGGCAAGAACAACGGGCGCGUGGGACGACCCAAGAAGCUCAAGAACGCCCAGCCGCCCGCCCCACCCCCACCGCUGCCUUCUCCACCUCUAGCUGCAAACCACAGGAGGGGCUCAGGAAAGCGAGGCGUCCUGAAGCGGCCCUGGUCCGAGGCGGAGCGCGCCGCGGUGGAGGAGCACCUGACGCAGAACAUCACAGAGCUCCGGGUCCCCGCCAAAGCCGACUGCGAGCGCUGCCUGCAGCAGUGCCCGCUGCUGGUCAACAACCAGCGCGACUGGCGCGCCAUCAAGUUCUACUGUCACAACCGCAUUCAGCUGCUGAAGAAAACCCAGCGGCGCGAGAGCCAGCCCCAGACCCUCAUCGUGUGCUGAGAGGCUGGGGAGGCGGUGCGAGUAGACCCUCAAAUGGUACCUACUGCUUGGGACGUGCACUCAUCUUAAGGCGGUGGUCCUACAUUUCAGUUCUCUGCUUGAUUAAAUGGCCCGCAAUCAGGCGUGUUACUGCGUUUUUAUUUGGAUUGAGCACAAGAAGAGAACUUUCCCAAACUAUUUGUGCUGCUUUAAGGUCUUAAAAAUGACACUCAAGUCUUUAUGGUGCUUAUGCUCCUGGUCCCUCAGUGACAGUGCACUUGGUUAGGUGCCAUUUGAGACAUGCUUUCAGAUACCACAGGACUGACCGCAGCCCAUGCUGCUGCAAAGGGACAUUUAUUUUCUCUUUCCUGAAAAGACACACUAAGCUCAGACUCAAACGGCAGAGGCAGCCGAGUCCUACAGUGUUGUACUAUGAACGUCGUACAGUAGCAUUAGCAUUUUAUGCUCGAAGACGUUAAUGGGACAAAUGGCCUGUGUCCGGGCCACACUUUUCCCACUAGUGGCUUUAUAUUAGAGUAGUACUGCUAACCUAGGAGAAUAUCGACGCCUCUCUUCAAACAUGCUAGUUCUUCUGGUCAUAUAACUGACUGUGCAAUUGCGACUUUGGCUUCAUUAUAUUUGCACCUUAAUUUACAUGUAGGUACUAGCUAAUGAACGAGUUACGCUUUUGAAGUUACUAUGAAGUUUGUGUCUUUUCUUUGGAAUGGAACACGAUAACGUUUCUAGUUGUGGGUUUCAUGGCAGAGACAAUGAAAUGGCCUCAGAAUGUUGUGAAUUUUAAAGAUAUUCGGUCAAACCGUAAGGUCUUGAAAGAGACUUUGUUGGGCCUUUUUUUCCCUACACUCAGAUGUCAACCACUACCAGUUCUCUCUUAGCUGUCUGUUCGCGUUUCCCGCUGUCUGUUGUUGUUUUUUUCUGCCUGUUGCACAUUUCUUAUUCAGAGCAGUAAAAAGGUGCUAUAGGCCAAUAAACUGGAUAUCACUGUAGAGGGGGAUUUCCUAUGGUUGUGAUAUGUUUCUUUUACAGUGGGCAUUUAUCGGAGAAGUGAUUGUUGUGUGUUGCAUUGUCUGUGUUAUCGUUUCCAAAGGCUACUGCUCCUUCUGUCCUUUUUCAGCCACACUACAUCAUUUGCAGCUCAACCACAAUCUUGGUUUCCCUGUGUCCAUCAGACAAAAACCUCCAUGGAACCUCAAGGCAGAUACUUGAACUUUAUUUAAACCUUUAGCAAAAUCUUUGUUAUUACUUUUUCUAGCCUUGCCAGUUACAUUGUACAUAACAAAUAUAUUAUCAUUACACUAACUGGUUGUUUGUGCUAGACUAUAUGUAGCUUUUUCCAUUUCUCAGUCAUUGCUGUCUGUACAUAUGCCUGUUUGUAAAUACUUCACAGAGAAACAAAGGAAAAACACAAUGUAUGACAUGACUUGGUUACUGUGUUAUGUUUUUUCUUUUUUAUAAGUCUUAUAAAAUUUUAAAGCUCCA